ACCUUGAAGCACAGCUACUCCCUCUCUUGGCCAGCUCUCUGGAUACAAGGGUUUUUGAAACAAUGCUGUGAAGUCACAAACUUCAAGAUACUUCAACGAGGAAACAAGCAGAAGAGCCCUAACUUUCUGACAUCAACAGCCUGCAGCAGGAUCAGCGUGUCUUUCACUUUUUUACCUUUAAAGAAUGAACAGAUUAGACAAAGCAUGGGGGUGAAGCAGGUUAGAUGCGAUUGCUUGGCGUUCAUUGUAAAGGUGGGUGUGGCAUAGACCACAUUACUACCCAGCCUAAUAGCGGACGGAACAAUAAACCUGUGACGCUACGUGUCUGUCUUACUACUAUCAGCGUCGUUUGAAUCCACGGUUAAAGCUCACUACGGCUGUGAGACCCUCCAGCUCCACAGGUGGUGUUUUUCUACAGUUGCAGCAUGCAGCCAGGUGUUUUAAGAAGAAGCCAGCUGCUGGAUUCUCUGAAGGCGUACCUGAGCAACAAGGAGAGACUACAACCCAUAAUAGGCUUGGGCUGCAUUACAGAAUGUGUGAAGGCUGGUGCAUGGAGCACAGAAGCGCUGUACUUGUGUGGGGUGUGCGUGUGUCGCCUCAGUAAGGCUGACAUGCGUAACCACAUACUGGGAAGUCUCCACAGAUUCAACUACAUUAAAGCCUGGCACCCUCACUUGGUAUCUAAAUGGCAGGAGAGCUCCGACCUGUCCAAGCUGGCGUGGCCGCUGAUGGAGAUGGCCAAGAAGCUUGAGGAAAAAGAGGGACCGGGAGACAUCCAGUUGUUAGAGGUUGAAGAUGGUGUAUACCAGAGGAUGGAAACAUCCAGUGAAAAUGACGUAACUCUCAUAGGUUCCUUAAGAGAUGCACAGGGUGAAACUGAGAGUUAUCCAGAGACUACAGCUUUGCACUAUCCCACCGAAUCCCAGAGGACUGUAGUGUUUGCACAGAACCAGCCCACAUGGUCCAAGAAAUCCUUCAAGGCUGACACAAACUCAGAGCACACCAGCAGCUUUCCUGAUGACUACACUGGAACCAAGACUCCCAUCGGUCUCGACUGUGUGGCCGAGUAUAGAAGUGAAGAUGGCUGCUCUUACUGUUUCUUAUGCCACUGCUGCCGCAUCAAAUCCAACAAGAAGGACAUCACUGAACACCUGACCAGCCCCUCACACCUCAUCAACUACUUGAUGGAAACUCAUCCUGAGGAGGUGGAGGAGGUGACUGUGGAGCUUAAAGACAAACCUCACCUUCUUCAGUCUCUGGCAAAGAAAGUGGAGGGAGAAACGGGCCGAGGAGAGUUGAAGGUAGUGCAUGUUCCAGAAAACCUUUGUGCGCUACUCACUGGCAAAAGUUACCACUGGUGCAUAAAGAUGCUGCAAUCUGGAUGGAAAGGUGCUGACAUUAAAAAAAAGGAAAUAGAUGCCAAAGGGCUGAGCACGAACCAGACAUCCGCUGAAGGCAUGUCAGAGAAAUGCGCUUUAAUGAAGUCAAAGAGGAAGAAAAGAGUAAAAGCAAAGAGGAAGACUGUUUUUAAUGUCAGCCUGCCUAUUACCAAAGGUAUAUUACUGAUGAAGAGGAUGUCUUUCAGCAGCAAAAGCCUCCCUCCAUCAGCUACAUCACCUCCCUUUAAUUUAGAUCUCACAUCUUCCCCGGGGUCAGAGAUUGUGGAGUUAGACUGUGAUAGUAUGUCAUCUGAAUUCAACCAUGCAGAAACCUCUCCACUACAGCACAACCCCUGUGAUGGAGGUCCAGAGACUGGUGGGUACACGCCAGAAGGAAACUUUACAAUCCCCCAUUUUCAAAACAGAGAUGGUUAUGUCCUUGACGGCGUGCACGCCAGACAGUCUGAAGACAUAACAGGGAGAAACGACUAUGUUUACUGGAAAAGAAGGGAGAACGGGCAUCAUGGCGACCAAGAAAAGUCAGCCGAGAUAUCUUAUAAAAAGUGGGAAAAUGAAGAGAUGCAUAAUGAAGCAGUGUUUCCUGCUGUGCCAUCUUCCUCUAACUCUUCCUACGGACAUGGGGAGUGUUGGACUGAGCAGGGGUAUAAGCCAGCUGCAGAGGAUAAGAAUGGAACAAGAGAGCAGGGUUUGAGAGAAGAGACAUACAAAGACCUCAGCAUAGACGCUGGUCCACAUUAUUACCAACAACACUUUCAGAAACCGCACAUGCCGUGCGAUAAUGCAAGUCUUCAGACAGGCAGUGUAAGUGGGUAUCACGAUGUGUGGGGUCAUCUGGGUCCUUAUAUAAAUAGUGCUGGUGUGAACAUGCUAACUCACUCAGUAGAUCCCUGUGUGUACAGCGGCAGCAUUGCACAGUACACAGCGCUCACCAAUGACUGUGCCCAGGCAGCUUCACACAAUUAUGGGAUACCGACUACAGCUUAUGAAGCCAGCCAAGGACAGCAUGGGUGGAUGUCUUACCCCAGCUACAACACUGGCCCUCUGGCGAACCCUGGCCAGCACUUUCUCCCUCCGGUCUGCAGCAGUGGUACGGACUGGAGUCUAACACACUCUUAUGCCUUCAGCCAACCUUAUAAACCUCAGUGUGCUGCGUCCCACACUGAUCCGUAUUUCAGCUGAAUCAAAUCACAUUUCGAUGGUCCAGUGGGGGAUUUACUUGCAAUGUGACUUUUUUUCUUUUUUAAAUUAUAGUUCUGCUGAUUUCUGUAAUGAAUGGGAACCUGCUGAUGGAGGUGCAGUAAUAUAAGCAGUGUCGGUAUUUUUUUUGUCUGCUGGGACUUUUAGGUUUAAACUUUGUGGAGACUGAAAGUCAAAGAGCGCCAAUGAGGUGAAACAGCACUCCUUAUCCACUAAUCCACUCUUUAUAAGAGAAGUAGAAGAAUUGAAGAUACUGGGCAUUUAAAUAGAAUUUAAAUAGAACUCACUCGUGUAUUUCCAAGUUCACAUUCAGUGAAGGCUGAGAAAUGUGCUCCGCAAACACUAAACAGCUGCCUGUGUGUAUAUUUUUAUUCUUUUAUUGUGUUUCUUAUGAAGUUGUUCAAACCUGCUAUUUGUUUUCUGUUUUUGACCGCUACAGCAGUUUAUCUACAUUUAUGCCUUUUUAACUCCAGAAAACAAGACAAAUGUGUGAAACAUCACAUUAGGUUUAAGUGGAUUCACUGUAUUUUUUAGGAGAAAUACUGAGAUAUGUUUGACUGCUUUUAUGAAAUUUAAAAAAAAAAAAAACA